CUUUCACCCCCUCCUCUUUCUUCCUCUCCUCUCCCUCCUCCUCUAGAGUAUAAACCUGCAGCUGUUCCAGCGGUAGGUCACCGGGACCCAGCCACUGACCAACAUCCUCCUCACUGCCUCCUUCACUGGAAGCUACUCCAACUGAAAAAGGAUUCACUUCAUUCGGAAUCUCAAAUUCUGCAGAAAGAUGUGACGCACAGCUACUAUAGGGUCGUGGCAUUUCUGAUAGUAGACGCCCCUCUG